AUGGCGAUUGUUAUCAUUACUGAUGAUAAUUAUCGAUAUCGAUUAAAUAGCCGAUUUGUUGAACAUCGUUGUCCUUAUCUCAUUCCAUUUAUGUUUUUCAAUGAAACUACCCAACAAUAUACCAUACAUACAUCAGUUUCAAUUGAUAUUAUAAAAGAAAUAUUUUACGCUUUGAAAUAUGAAAAUAUUAAUGUAAAAGAUUGGCUUCAAUUGGGACAAAUUCAUAAAGAGGCAAAUAAUUGGGAAUUAGACAGCAUAAAACGAUGUGUUGUGCAAAAUUUUGUUGCUGGUAUCAAUGAAGAAAAUUAUAUUGGUGUUUGCGAAUACUUUUGA